UGCAGCGGGCUCUGCCAAGCGGACUUGGCGGGGGACGCGAGCGAGGAGCGGAGGGAGCCCGAGGCGGGAAAAAGUCGCUGUCAAAUGCGCGGCGCCUCGAAGCGGAGCCCUCAGUCCGGCUCGGAGAGCCAUGGCGACGACAGCCUCUAACCACUACAGCCUGCUCGCCGCCAGCUCGCCUAUGGUGCACGCCGAGCCGCCGGGGAGCAUGCAGCCGGGCGCUGGCUACCGAGACGCUGUGCAGGCGGACUACGCGGCGCUGCAGAGCAACGGGCACCCGCUCAGCCACGCUCACCAGUGGAUCGCGGCGCUGUCCCACGGCGGAGGCGGCGGCGGAGGAGGAGGAGGCGGAGGAGGCGGCGGCGGAGGAGGCGGCGGCGGCGGCGGAGGGAGCAGCGGCGGGGACUCGCCGUGGUCCACCAGCCCGGACAUCAAGCCCUCGGUGGUGCAGGCCGGCGGGCGCGGGGACGACUUGCAGCAGCAGCAACAUCACCAGCAGCAGCAGCAACAGCAGCAGCAGGGAAGACCGCCUCACCUGGUGCACCACGCAGGGAGCCACCAUGCCGCCGUGGCCGCCGCCGUGGCGUGGCGGACCGGAGGCUCGGCGCACCUGCCUCCCGGGAUGGCGGCGGCCAACGGCGGCGCCCAAGGCGGGCUCCUCUACUCGCAGCCCCCGCCGGGUUUCACGGUGAACGGGAUGCUGGGCUCCGGGCAGCCGGGGAUGCACCACCACGGCCUGCGGGAGGCGCACGAGGAGCCCCCUCCGCCGCCCCCGCCGCCCCCGCCGCCGCACCACCCGGACCACCUCUCCCAGCAGCAGCAGCAACAGCAGCAGCAGCACCACGCGCCCCCGCCUCCGCACCACCACCACCCCCAUCACCCUGCCCACCACCCGCACCACCACGAGGCGCACUCCGACGAGGACACGCCGACCUCCGACGACCUGGAGCAGUUCGCCAAGCAGUUCAAGCAGCGCCGGAUCAAACUGGGAUUUACCCAAGCCGACGUGGGCCUGGCCCUGGGCACGCUCUACGGCAACGUCUUCUCGCAGACCACCAUCUGCCGCUUCGAGGCCCUGCAGCUGAGCUUCAAGAACAUGUGCAAGCUCAAGCCGCUGUUGAACAAGUGGCUGGAGGAGGCCGACUCGUCCUCGGGCAGCCCCACCAGCAUAGACAAGAUCGCGGCGCAGGGCCGCAAGCGGAAAAAGCGCACCUCCAUCGAGGUGAGCGUCAAGGGCGCCCUCGAGAGCCAUUUCCUCAAGUGCCCCAAGCCCUCCGCCCAGGAGAUCACCUCGCUGGCGGACAGCCUCCAGCUGGAGAAGGAGGUGGUCCGCGUGUGGUUUUGUAACAGGAGGCAGAAAGAGAAACGCAUGACCCCCCCGGGAGGGACUCUGCCCGGAGCCGAGGACGUGUAUGGGGCCAGCAGGGACACGCCGCCGCCGCACCACGGGGAACAAGACUGGGGAGAUGCCCUUCCCCUCCCUUCAAACCACCCCCUGACAACGUUGCUUCAAAGCUGCCUUUAAUUACGGAACAACUUGCUUGAUAGUCGGAUAGAAGAACGCGGCCUUCCCUUCACAAGGCAUCUAAAUUCCACAUGCUCCCUAUCUAUUCAACUGGCCCUAAUGGGCUUUAGCUUCUAUUAUUAUUAUUAUUAUUAUUAUUAUUAUUAUUAUUAUUAUUAUUAUUAAUUAUCUCUGGGGUGGUUCUGGAUUAUGUGAUUUCUUUGCUCGCCACAUAAUGUUUUUUAUCUCUCUCUUUCAUUGUUGUUAUUGCUGGUAGUGGUGGUGUACAGUUUUCUCCAUGGAGUGGUUAUUCCUGUUUUGAGACACAACAGGGGAAACGCUACACAUUAACAGGAUUGUCAUCAUUUCUUCCUUUUCUAAAGCUCAUGAAUGAGGAUUUUGCAUCACAGAACAAUUAAGCUGUUAAAUGUGCAAAACUAACACCUGGCAUCGAAAGGUUUCGCAGAGAAAAAGGAUGGUCUACCAGCACAUAUCUAAACAAUUAAUUAUAUUACAUUGAGAUACAUUUUCUUGAACAAUUUGAUGGUACCCAGAAAAUGAAACAUUUACUUUUAUCCUCAAGCCAUUCCCCCAUCCCAAUAGUUGAACUAUGUGGAGCCAUUCCAGAGUAAUAGCUCCAGAGGUUUUAGUCCAUUUCAUUCUUGGUCUCCUAUGGCCAAGAGAUAUCUCGAAGCUUUUAUGUACGCACUAUAAUUUACUGCCUCAUUGCUGUGACAAGAGGCAAGUGCUUCUUUGACACCAUGAACCUGUGUGAGCUUAUUUUUAAGCAAUGUCAGUAGACAUUCACUAGAAGUGUGGUCUAAGAUGGCAACUCCUUAGGGAAUAAAUUUCCAUAGAAAUGUAUGGUGUGCUCUGAAACUGAUUUGGAUUAAGCAGUGUAAGGGUUCCAGACUAUAUCGUCUCUCCUGCAGGAGGUACCAGAAAAUGUGAAAUGUAUAAUGACAAAACAGGUGGAGAUUUUUUUUAAAAAAAAUGGGACCCUCUUUUGAACUUCAGAAAUUGUCCAAUAAAAAAGUGUCACCUUACCUUUUGGUUCCCUUAUUUUCAUACACAGCAAGGUUCCACCUUACACAUGUGAAAGACAUACUCUGAAGCCAUCUAGAUAGAUCCAGGAUCCAUCACAAUGAAAUUUUCCCAAGUACUUUAUCUUCAAGGAGGAGACACAGGUGGCACGAUGACAUUAUCAUAGUUCAGCUGGUUCAUGUGGUCAGACAAUGUCAGACUGUGUCACACAUAUAUGAAAUGCUGCUACGUAGAAGACUUAUUUUUAGUGUAUUGGCCUCAGUACAGGGUAAGUAAAAUCUUUCCAUUCUUACUAUACACAGCAAGAGUGGGGAAGGUGCAGCUUACCAGAUGCUGGACUACAGGUUCUGUUAUUUCUUACCAUUGGCAUUGCAGCCUUGGCCUGAUUAGAAUUGUAGUCUAACAAUAACUGGAGAACCACACAUUUCCCAUCUUUGCUCUACCUCCUUUUCUUUCCUUUCAGUUUGGUUAUGAAAAUUAUCUCACACAAUACAGUUGGGUCUUCCCACAUAUUCCAGUCAAAGCAAUGUACAGAGGAGGGGUAAGAAAUGGCUAGCUCUCCAAAACAUCUUAGACAACUCCUUACUAUUAGCCAGGCCAGCUGUAGACCUCAUCUGGAAUGCCAGAGGUUCUCAACUCCUGCUGUAAUGAGGCACAACAUGCAAACCAGGUAGCUAAAACCACAGUGUAAACUAGGAAACAUGGUUACUCAACCUAGAAUAAAGGUUGUUCUUUAAAUGCUGUCAUUCUGCUAUAUUUUCUCUAGCAUCUGAGGAUUCAGCAGGCUACCAUUGCUUUACAUUCACAUUACCAUUGUCUUGCAACUUGAGAAGUUGCCACCUGCAUAAGCAACCACUUAUUUCUUGAUUAUUUUAUGUCACUCCAACAGAGAGCAGUAAAUAACUUCUUUUCAAGUUCAAUAGCAUUGCAGCCAACUACGACUUCUUCCAACGGAGCAGCCUAGAAGGUGGAAAUAGACUCAUCUGAAAUCCCUCACAUGCUUAUCUUAUGCCAUUCAGGAUGUGGAGCGAUAUUUGAGAGUUUUACUUGUGUGCAAAUCAAUAAAAAGUUAAAUGCCAA